GGCACACGAAUAACUCCAUUCAGACAGCGUUGGGCCGAGCACCGCCGUGUGUCGCCGCCCCACGCCCGGCUACCGCAUGCAGCAGCCACACCGCAGGUCGCCGCUCACGGCAACUACGCGCACACACGCAGCAGCCACCGUCGCCCCGCGAGCUUUGCCUGGCCGCGCACUGCCGCAACCACACGUGAGCUUUUCUGACACCCACCGCCCACGGUCGACCUGCGAACCACACACGCACCGUCGCGAAGUGUUGAUUGAUCCCCUCCAUGGCCUCGUGCUCGCCGUCACAGCCCGUCGCCCUGGGGACGGAGAGGGGCAAGAUCCGUGGAGCUGCGCAUGGGGUCAGCAUAUCGUCCUCCUGCUCCUCAAUUCUGGUCGGGUAUCGUUUGGUCCGUGCGGCAGAGAUGGUGAAUUCCUCCUUGGGUGCCCCAGGGUGGUGCGGCCUUAUAUUUCAAGAAAUAAAAUCUUAUGGUUACAUGCUAUCAGUUAAGGUGAAUCCGUGAAAGGCCGCUUGAAUUGUAUGCCUCGCUCAGCAGCAUACUACUGCUCCUGCGCAUGCAGAUGGCGCAACAGCAGGCUGCGCGAGCACACACGCAGGCAGCAAGGUGCAUAGACAAGAGGGCGAAAACUUUGGCUGGAAUAGAUGCUUGGGUAUGUUCAUGGACUGGUCUCUGUUCGCGGAUGGAUGCCAAAGGUGGAGAUGCGCCGAGUGGGGCGUGGCGUGGGGAAAAAAGUCCGCUCGGCACCGGAGCUCGUAAAUGGGCGGCGGUCCCGGUCCCGGGUCGCCAUCGGGCGGCGUUGCGGCGAUCUUGACGAGAUCACCGGCAGCGGCACCACCGAUCCCAUCCCCCUCGGAGACUCAUCAAGAAGAUCGAUCGGUAUAGGUGACGGACACAUAUGCGGCCGAUAUAUACUCCCUCCUCCGCACGUCUCCUUCCAAAUCAACCACUCCAACCAGGCCGGGCCGAUCCCCUGCUCAAAUUCCUAGAGAAGCAGUCCCCUUCCUCACCCCCACUCGGCCUCGACUGACGCGGCGAGGGAGAGGGGAGGGCGAGUCGUCGGAGGAGCCGGGGACGGCGGCGAUGGGGAACGCGUCGUCGAUGCUCACGCAGUACGACAUCGAGGAGGUGCAGGAGCACUGCAGCUACCUAUUCUCGCAGCAGGAGAUCGUGUCGCUGUACGAGCGCUUCUGCCAGCUCGACCGCAGCGCCAAGGGCUUCGUCUCCGAGGACGAGUUCCUCUCCAUCCCGGAGUUCUCCACCAACCCGCUCUCCAAGAGGUUGCUACGUAUGGUUGAUGGAUUGAACUUCAAGGAAUUUGUUUCUUUUCUCUCUACCUUCAGCGCAAGGGCCAGCCUUCAGCAAAAGAUUGAGUUGAUAUUUAAGGUGUAUGACAUUGAUGGCAAGGGGAAAGUAUCCUUCAAGGACCUGGUAGAGGUUUUACAGGACCUAACUGGCUCAUCCAUGUCAGAAAAGCAAAGAGAGCAAGUACUAACAAAGGUGUUGGAAGAAGCCGGGUACACACAGGAUUCCACGCUAGCAUUAGAAGAUUUCGUGACGAUCAUCGACCACCCCGGCCCGAAGAUGGAGGUGGAAGUGCCCAUCGACUAAGUGAACGGCGAAUGCAGAUUUCAGCUGAUGAGGACGCAAGAAACUCUCCCUGUCUGCUGAAAACAAGUGUCCGUAGCCAAUAGAGCGUGCGACGUAAUAGAGUGGGAGCUCAGCGUUUGAGCUCUUGUGUGCCUGUCUACACACAUGCCAAGUCUUAGUAGCUUUGUUAAUAGUGCAAUUCAGCGUCAGUUUAGUCCAUUUUUCUUUCUGGUUUGAGGGAAUUAAUUAUUGCAUGCAGUGUCAAUGUAGAGUGAAUCUUGUUGCAGUUUCCAGACUUUGAAAACAGACUUGGGACUUGUUUAUGGGAUCA